GUUUUGAUUAAGUCAAAAUAGAGUCACUGAAGUCGCUUAAGCAGUGUUAACGGCUUGUCAUGUGUCAAAUAAUUCUCAACAUUAAUAUGUUGCUGUGUUGUUCAAUAAUGAUUUAGAGUGAGUAUCCAUGGACAUGCUUUUACGCACGUUCCAAUCUUUGGCUGAGAGGAUAAGGUGCCAUGUUUUAGUAUCAAAUUAUUGCUGUUUGCCUUGCUGGUCAUCAUAGUAUUAUAGUGAUUUAACGUUGCAUUUAUUUCGAUUUUACAUUGCACAGUGUUCAUCUACUUGCUACUAUAUGGGAAGACAGUUGUGUUGAAAUAUUUCUACCUUUUUUUAAUUCAAAUUUCAUCUAGUGUUCAUGUUUUAGACUCUGAGGGCCGCUGUUGAUCAGUGAAAUGAUUUCUGUCCAGUGUUGUCAAUCAGAAGGAGUCCCCUCCCAUAUCACUGCGCUCUAGCAGAGGAGAGGGAGAGACUAUCUGCACUUCAUAGAGGCGGGGCGCGACUGAGACAAGCUCACUCUCCACACGUGUAGGUGGAUUACAGAUACCACAAGAGGACGGCUAAAAUAUGCUUAUUUAAUAUUAUACAUCGACUAACACUCUUGUCUUUCCCGUUUGAGGAUACAGUAUAAGGAAUAUUUUUGUGGGAUCAAUUCAUUGUUGGCUAUGGCUUCCGAUGGAUUCCUUCAACAUAAAUGCGUAAGAUGGCGUUCGUGUUUUGGACUGCGGUGGCAAGUUCUUGUUUUACUCCUGUAUUUCAGUCAUAUUAUCAGUGGCCAAAUCCGGUAUUCCAUUCCGGAGGAGAUGAAGAAAGGCUCUCUUAUCGGUAACGUAGCUCAAGACCUGGGGUUAGAUUUGAAACGGCUCCGGGCGGGCCGGGCCCGUAUCGUGACCGGAGAAAGCGUUCAGUACACAGAGCUGAAGACAGACAAAGGGAUUCUAGUCGUGAGCGAGAGAAUAGACCGAGAGCAGCUUUGUGGCGACGUCACACCGUGUAGCUUCAGCUUCGAAAUGAUUCUAGAGAAUCCGAUGGAACUGCACCUCGUCACUGUAGAAAUAUUAGACGUUAAUGAUAAUGCGCCCACAUUUCAACAGAAUGAUUUAGAAUUGAAAAUCAGUGAAUUGGCUUCUGUGGGGGCGCGCUUUACCCUAGCAACUGCGGAUGACCCGGAUGUAGGAUCUAAUGCUUUACAAAAUUACAUUCUAACACCGAAUGAUCAUUUCGUUGUCAAACAACAUUCAAAUGCACAUGGAAAAAGAUAUGCAGAAAUGGUGCUCCAGAAGUCGUUAGACAGAGAGGAGCAUCCUCGUCUCUCUCUAAAGCUAAUCGCUGUAGACGGUGGAAAUCCACAGAGAUCUGGCUCAGUAAAUAUAGAGAUCACUGUCCUAGAUGCCAAUGAUAAUGCGCCUGUGUUUAACCAGUCAGUGUACAGGGCUACUGUGAUGGAAAAUGUACCGAAAGGCACCUAUAUUACAACGGUAAAUGCCAGCGAUGCAGACGGUGGAUUGAAUGGUUUAGUACAUUAUUCUCUUUCAAAAAUGCAAAACAAUGUGGACAAUGUGUUUGAUAUUGACAAGACCACUGGCUUUAUAUCGCUUGUGGGACAGUUAGAUUAUGAAAAAGACAAGAAAUACGAAGUGAGUAUCGAAGCCACAGACCAAGGUGGAUUGACUGACUCCAGUAAAGUUGUUGUCGAUGUAAUAGAUGUCAACGAUAAUGUCCCUGUAAUCAGCGUCAUGUCGUUCACUAGUCCGGUCUCUGAAGAUUCACCACUCGGUACAACCAUUGGUAUUAUUCAUGUGAAAGAUCUUGAUUCAGGUGAAAAUUGUCAGGUUAGCUGCAGCCUGGACCAAAAUAUUCCUUUCAAUAUAAAAUCUAAUGUAAGAAAUUACUACACCUUGGUAACAGGCGCUGUUUUAGACCGUGAGAGCGUGUCAGAAUAUAACAUCACUGUAGUCGCCACGGACGCAGGGUCGCCUCCUCUCUCAAGUAAGAGAACCUUUCACCUGAAGGUGUCCGACGUCAAUGACAACGCCCCAGUGUUUCCACAUGGCGUGUACAACUCUUAUAUCGCAGAGAAUAACUCUCCAGGCGUCUCUAUAUUUACUGUUACAGCUAAAGACACGGAUUCUAAUCAAAAUGCCCGUAUUUCCUAUAUUCUAGAGGAUUCUGAUGUCAGCGGGACUCCUGUGUCUGUUUAUGUUUCCGUAAACGCAGAGAGUGGGGUCAUACACGCGGUGCGCUCCUUUGAUUAUGAACAAAUGAAACAACUAAGACUCGUGGUUAAGGCGCAGGAUGGAGGCUCUCCUCCACUCAGUAGCAAUGUGACUGUCAUCAUCUUCAUCCAAGAUCAGAACGACAACGCGCCUCAGGUUCUGUACCCAGUCCAGACUAGCAGCUCUGAAAUGGUGCCUCGUUCAGCAGAUGUGGGCUAUCUUGUUACUAAAGUGGUGGCUGUUGAUGUGGACUCUGGACAGAAUGCCUGGCUCUCGUAUAAACUGCAGAAAGCGACAGACAGGGCACUGUUUGAAGUGGGCUUACAGAAUGGAGAAAUAAGAACUAUACGCCAAGUCAAUGAUAAAGAUGCUGUGAAACAAAGGCUCACUGUUGUAGUGGAGGACAACGGGCAGCCCUCUCGUUCAGCUACAGUCAAUGUUAACGUGGCGGUGGCGGACAGCUUCCCUGAAGUGCUCUCGGAGUUCACUGACUUUACGCACGACAAGGAGUACAACGACAACCUGACUUUUUACUUAGUCUUGGCUUUGGCUGUAGUCUCAUUUCUGUUCAUCACAUGUUUAGUGGUUAUUAUAUCAGUGAAAAUAUACAGAUGGAGACAGUCUCGCAUCCUCUAUCAUUCCAACCUCCCGGUUAUUCCGUAUUAUCCACCGCGUUACGCAGACACUUUGGGGACAGGAACUCUACAGCACGUGUACAAUUACGAGGUGUGCAGGACGACUGACUCCAGAAAGAGUGACUGUCAGUUCACCAGACCCUGUAGUCAGAACGUACUGAUAAUGGACCCCAGUUCUACAGGGACGAUGCAGCGGAUGCAGAACGAAAAGAACAUCCUGGAUGAACCAGACUCGCCGGUGGAGGUGAGUCUGUUGCAGUUUUAAUGGUAUUGCUCAUUAGGUUGGAAUACAUCUUCUCAGUUUUCCUUCGUAACUCUUUGAACUUUUGUGCCCUAAGGUUCAUUUACUCAGUAUUUCUCUUGUCAUCACAGUAUAUGGGUCAAUCAGUUAAGUAUUGUUGCGGUUAGUUUGGGUUUUAUAGAAUUCCAUUGCCAGCGGUUUUGGACUGUGGGUAGCAAUACCAAGUGCUACAAUAGAAGCAUUAACAUGUUUUCUGAUUAUUUGGGUUUUUUAUAUUAUGCCUACUUUUUUUUCUCAUAACUCGGCCGUUUCAGCCCCACUCUGUGUGGACACCGCAAAUUCUGUCAUGAUAGAAGCAGAGUUCUGAUACGUUCUCUUACACUUUUCUCCCUAGUUCCAACUACUGUGUAUUUAUUAAGUCACUAUAGGGUGGCUUUUAGUGUUGACUGCUUUUCAUUUCAACUAACUCUCAACAUAGGUAUUUUACCGUAUUGUUCAAUAAUGGUUUGGAUGGUGGAUCCAUGGAAAUUGUUUACGCACGUUCCAAUCUAGCGCUGACUGAAUAGGGUG